UCUUGUGUGUGUGUGUGUUCUGCAUAACGCAUGUGUAUGCGAGGAAGCGUCUUUAUCAUGUCACAUCCAUGUUGCCUUUUGUCGCGUUUUGUCUUGAAUCUGUUGGAAAGCCGCUGAGCUUCGCGCACGAAUCUGACGUUAUCAGCCACAAAGUGCACGGACGAUCUCCGAGGAUCAUAUCUACGAUUUUGCAUGGAUUUGUGUUUUGCUCUGCGCUCUUGGCAUCACUGCGUAAAAGACUGAUCCUAUUGCCGAGGGGGGGAAAAGGCGCUGGCGCUGCGCCACGAUCUGGCAAGUGCGCCUCCCUUCUCCGCUGUUUGGCUUAUUCAUAGUUAGGGGUUUGGGUUUGGCUGUUUUUAAAAAGGCAAGCACUGCUGUGAAGUUGAUCAGUCUGCUCAGAAAACUUCCAGAGGGGAAAGUGUUUUGGAAUCGGAAAGUCCAGAAUUUCAGUGCGCAACCAAUUGCGCACAAACUGGACUAUUGGAGAAUACCUAUGUGAUUCAUUUAUUUUAUGUGUAUUUAUAUGAAAAUCCACCGGAUUGUUCUUUAUCACAAGAUUUUGAAGAGACUGUUUAUAAUUUAAUCGUUUUUAAAACACCACAACCAGUGCUUUCACUUUACAUGCGGACUUUUCCUUUGAGUCGAAUCUGAGCCAAACGUUCAUGCGUUCUCAUAUCUAGUUGUGUUUUUUUUUUUUUUUUUUUCUUUCUUUUUUUUUUUUUGCGCCAUCGGACCUCAUUCAUUUUGACACGAAUUAUGGCUCUUCUUGUGCUGGGUACAUUUCUGACGGCGUUGUCCAUCAGCGGAGGCUCUUAUGUGCCGUGCGAGCCGUGCGAUCAGAAGGCGCUCUCCAUGUGUCCUCCGGUCCCGGUGGGCUGUCAGCUGGUGAAGGAGCCUGGCUGCGGCUGCUGCUUGACUUGCGCUCUGGCGGAGGGGCAGGCAUGCGGGGUAUACACCGGUACAUGCACGCACGGGCUGCGCUGCCUGCCGCGCAACGGCGAGGAGAAGCCGCUUCACGCCCUGCUACACGGCAGGGGAGUGUGCACGAACGAGAAGGGAUACAAACCACCGCACCCACCUAUUGAUCGUGAAUCAAUAGAGCAUGAUGAUACAGUGAAGCCAGACACGACUGAAGACCAGAGUCCUAAAAUUCCCCUUAAAAUUCCAGAUGUAAUCAACAGCAAGAAGCAUGCUGCCGUGCGCAAGGACAAGAAGAAACAACAGGAGAAGCUUCGCUCACUGGGAACCAUGGAUUACUCCCCCCUUCCCAUCGACAAGCAUGAGCCUGAAUUUGGUCCCUGCAGAAGGAAGCUGGAUGGAGUCAUUCAAAAUAUGAAAGACACCUCACGCGUCAUGGCUCUUUCCCUCUACCUGCCUAACUGUGACAGGAAGGGCUUCUUCAAGCGCAAGCAGUGCAAGCCCUCCCGCGGCCGGAAACGAGGCAUCUGCUGGUGCGUGGACAAAUAUGGCGUGCAGCUGCCCGGCACUGACUACAGCGGCGGUAACAUCCAGUGCAAGGAUUUGGAGAACAGUAACAACAACGAGUGAGAAUCAACCCACCCUGAUCACCAGACCUAGGGCCCACCCUCCUUGUCCUGUCCCACCAGUCUACCCGCCAGUCACUUUGAGAUUUUGAUGCAAAACGACAAAGAAACACAACAGCUAUUACAAAUAUGAACAAUCAGACUAAAAAGAAAACGUUAAAGUGAGAUAACCCACAGGAAUCGUUUUGACUGAGCGCUCAUCUCUAUCUCACCGGACUCAGCCAAUAAGAGGAGCCCCCUGCUAGAGCUGAGUCCCGGCAACAACAACAACAACAAAAUGUUAAAAAUAUAUACACACAAUUAUAUAUUUUUAUAGAAGCUGGGGUUUGAGCACCAUACUGUUUUGUUUAAAGUUAACAUAAAACAAAAAACUACAAAAAAAAAAGAAUAUAUGGCAUGUUGAAUAUUAACAGGGCUAUCUUGGUCUUUUACAUCUUCUGUUGUCAAGGUAUCAAGGGAGAUAGCAGGAACUCUUACUAUUUGAAUUAAAAAAAAACAAAAAAAACAUUUGUUUUCCAAAAGAAAAGAAAAAAAAGGAAAACACAUGUUAGAGAUCUGCUGAUACGGUCAUCUCUAUCUGGCUUUUUUUGUCAUGUCAGAGCACUUAUUCAUUGGGGAACCUGCUUGUGUGUGUACGAGUGUGCGUUUGCGUGCACACCUGCGUGAGCAAUGAAAUACGGCGAUAGCUUUCAAAAAAAAAAAAGAAAUGUUUUUUUUUUUUUUGUCUUUGUGGCAUAUCCCUCCCAGAACGUAGUGAAAACCAGGAUCCCAUUAGACAAAUCUGUUUCAGUGGCUCCAGACUGUGUAGCUUACCUAACAUGCCAACCGUGCCUAUGUAAACAGACGCUGCCACGCAGUUUUACAGCAGAGCAGAGCGAUCCCGAACGAGAAAUAAAGUCCACACAGAGAAUCAAUCGGUGUCCACGCCUAGAAAAGAAAGGGCCACUCUGGAAUAGUUUGGUAUCAGAUAUCGUGGCAUCUGGGCUGAGUUAAAAUCGAGACAGAUGCUGUAACCCCUUGCGUUUGAACUUUGACGGACGUUCACCGUGCAGAGCGGUAGUUUCUUUCUGUCUGUAAUGUUUUAUUUUAUUAUUUUUUUUGUUAUGUGCUGUUUCCUUUGACUUCAUGGAGGUAAUGAAAGUCCACUUAUGAGCCAUGUUCCUCGACCAUGUGGUUUCACUGAAAAUAGGUGCAACCUUGGUAUAUUACCUUUAACUCUAGAUUAUUGAAUGUUUUCUUUCUUUUUUGUUUUGUUGUCCUUAACAAACAACCACAACGAUCUGGUGCUCAGCAAAGGAGUUUUAGCAUUAUCAAUUUGCAUAUUUCCAUCUGACCUGUCACAGUGACAACUCGCUCAUUUGAAUGCAGGUCGGACCACUUUUUAAGCUCCGCCCACUUUGACUGUUCACAAAUCGGUAAUAGCUCUUUUGGUUAGCAUGAUGACACAUUUAAUUUGUAUUUCUGCAUUUCAUCGAACCUCGAGGCACGGUGGAAAAACAGAAGGUGCGUUUCACCGCAGUGACGUUCAGUGUGCGAGUCUCAGUGCCUUCCUACAUGCAAAUACAUUUGAAUGGUGACGUGAACGUUCCACAAUAGCCAAGGGGAACGAAACAGCCUUUUCAUAUUGACGAAGGACCUCAAUUGCGUUCAAAUAUUGCAUCAGAUCAGAUAUGAAAUCCGUUACGCUACAUUGUAUGUCAAGCAGCUAUCAGAAAUCGCUCCCUGCACCGAGGCUAAGAUAGGGAGAUCGUAGUCCAGCUAGCGCUAGCUCAUUUACUGUUAUUUCUCUUACGAAUAAGCUGACGAUUGAUUUGACAGAGACUGCAAAUGUGUGUAAUUGCUGACAAGAGAGUAUUUUCAAUCAAGCUAUACAUCAAACAGGGAUACUCACCAGUCAGCUCUUGAAGAGUAAGUGAAGCCAUUCCCUGCCACAAUGGGUCCGUUGUCCGGAUCUUAUUCCGGGGCCCGAAUGAUCAUAGUUUCACUGCAGGGAGGGGGCUGUAAAAAUAGCCACUGAUCUAUCCAGAUCUCACCCAUCAUAACCAGGCGCUAUCUGCAUAUUCCAUAUUUCAGACGUCGUGGAGUUGAGAGAACUGCGUUCUUAUUGGUAGCUGAAAGCACAAUCAAAUUACGUUGCGUAGAAUUCCAUCCCGUGUGGGCCUGGCUGUAAUUUUAAAUAACCACGGGUUGCAUGUCAAAUAAAGAAUUGCGAAUGACAAGAUGGGAGGUGGUGGUGAGUGAGAGAAAGAGAGCGAGUUCAGGGCGUGCGGGUUAACCAGACUCUCGUAGGUGUCGCGAGGAGGCGUAGUCGCCGCAGUUAUUGCACAAUUCGCCUGGUAGGUGUCUUUACCACCGGUGGCGAAAUCAGUAAUCAGAGUAAUCCAGGUCCAUGUCGAAAGCCCCCUCCCCCAUUUAAAGAAAGCAGCUUGCACUUAAUUCCUUACCUUGCCACACGUUUCGUGCCGUCUCAAAGUGAAUCUCAGUUCAGGUAUAGGAGCAGGAGCAGGCCUCGGACAGAUACCCUGCCUGAGUACCUUUGACAGGGGCUUCGCAAGCCCAAGCCUGAGACCCACGCCAUCAUUCAGUGGGUUUACCAGUAAUACAACCAAUCACAGUCUAUUCUCCAUCUACUCUUAAUAGACUUUGCGUCUCAGUGAUAUCCGGGGAGAAGGAGAGCGGGUGAGGGCCUUAAGCGGUGAUCUCACUUCACAACACACAACACAUACUGCAAAAAUCCUUUUCUUAAUCAGUAUCGGUGUCUUGUUUUCCUGGUAAAAUCAUCUGAACGACUUUACAAGUAGUUGAAUUUACUUGAAAAGCAAAAUCAUAUCUUGAAUCGCAUUCAAACUUUUUGGGAACUAGUAUGGCCAAAAACCAAAAUUUGUGUUCCAAACCAUUUUGACUCACUUUCUUCCGUGUGAACACCAAAGGAGAAGUUUAGCAUAAUGUCCGAGCUGCUCACUUUGUCAAGCUUUCAAAAUGAACAAACGAAGCACCACACAAGUCGUAGAAAGUUGUACGAGAGCUUUGUGCAAAAAAAAGGAGUUGAAAAUCUUGCUUGACAGCCGUGUUCACCGUUCACUUGUUCAUAACGCAGCUGCAAAUAUCUUCUUGCGUGUUCCAUGGAUGGAAGAACGUGAUAAUUCAAGACAUUUUAUUCCAAACUGUUGCUUCUCAAGUCAAUUGAUCUUGUUUUAAAAAACGUCUAGAUGUUUUUACUGAAAAACCAGACAAAAAUACAACGUUUUUGCAGUGCUUCACACUUCAUAGUAGAAUUUUUUUUAGAUAGACAGUCUCGGAAUCUGAUAAGCAGGCACGCAACGGCUUUGGUCACAAGGAAACAAAAUAAAGUGUUUAUAUGAAAACCCUGAAUGUUAUAAGACGAUGCACUGUGGCUGAAAUUGAGUUUUACCUUAGAAUCCAUCUGGGGUGUCAUUGUGAGAAUGGGAAAGAAAUGUCAUUAAUGUGAUUUUGAUCCGUUCUGAUUUGUAAUUAGAGGUAAAAGACUAUCGAUUGCCAGGACGCAGCAUGUUGCUUUUUAUCUGCUUUCAUCAGAUUCCGAAUCUCCUACUUGGGUAGACAGCAGUGUUCAUAACUUACACUACAGUAGAAACGACAGGUUUUCUUUCUCUGAAUGCAUAACAGUUUUUUUUCUUUAUUGAAUUUUUUUUUUUUUUUUUUUUGGAUGAGAAAAGACUUGAUGAUUGACCACCUAAAUGUGGCUUAAACUGGCAUGUGAAAAAGACCCAUUAGUGGCUGGAGGACUCUAAAAAAUGUUCAGCAUUUGGAACUCUUAUUAAAAACCAAUAAAAUGAAAAAAAAAAAAAAUCAAAUUAUUAAGAAAGUGAAUAUCACUGU